CUGAAACCAGAAUCGACGUCUUGGUAAAAUGGCGUUGUAAGUACUCGUUGUUGAGCGGUUGACAUUUGUUGUUGUUCUAUGUGCUUAUUAUAAAAUAAGUGUGUGUAUUGUGAAACGGAUAAAUGCCCCGGAUGCUUUACGGAUGUGCAUUUUUAGGAUACUAACGGUUGGAGACACAUAAGUGCAUCCGAAAUGAGUGAGCAGAGUAUAGCAUCGGCCAGGGCCUCGGUGAUGGUCUAUGAUGAUGUGCAGAAGAAAUGGAUCCCGAGUGGCAGUUCGUCUGGCCUCUCCAAGGUGCACAUCUUCCAGCAUCAGAUAAACAACUCUUUCAGAGUUGUCGGCAGAAAACUUCAAGACCAUGAGGUUGUUAUAAACUGUGCCAUAAUAAAAGGGCUGAAAUACAACCAGGCGACCAACACUUUCCACCAAUGGCGGGAUAACAAGCAAGUCUACGGUCUCAACUUCAGCAACAAGGAGGAUGCAGACAACUUCGCCCGAGCUAUGUUUCAUGCUCUCGAUGUGCUGAGCAAUGCCAUCGCUCGCCCAGUGGCCCCGCCUCCACCCCCCCAACCGGCCCCCCCACCUCAGCCACCCACCACUGUGUACCAACAGGCAAACGUCACCACGGUCUAUCAGCAGGCUAAUGUCACCCCCGGAUACCAGCAAUCCAAUGUCACCCCCGGCUACCAGCAGGCCAACGUCACCCCUGGCUACCAGCAGUCCAAUGUCACCCCCGGCUACCAGCAGGCCAAUGGGCAGUAUGAGGAAGAGGCCACUUACAGUACUGGCAGUAUCGGCUCUGCACGGGGGAUCUACCAUCAGGUGUCACCGGGCGGGCCACAGCGGAUAGACCUCAGUCCCAACACCCACUCUCACUCCAGGACUUUAACACGAGAAGAUGCUGCACAAAUUCAAGAAAGAAGAAUGUCACAACAAAAUCAAAUGAUCAGUAGUCCGAAUGCCAGUUCUCCCCAGGGUCCGCCAGUGCCCGCCACACCUCCAGGCCAAGGUCACCAUCGUACCUCUUCGGCUCCACCAGCCCCUCAGCCCCCUCCCAUGUCCUUGGCUGCCCCACUCACCUCACCACCCCCUCCUGUCCCUCCGGCCCCACCUUGCCCCCCACCACCAUGGAGUUCUACCCCCUCCCCUGCCAUGGGGCCUCCUCCACCCCCACCUCCCCCUGCACCCAACAUGUCCCGCUCCUCCAGCAGUGAUGGACCAGAUCAAGGCUCCCUUGCUGCUCAGCUACAGAGUGCACGGUUACGGAGAUCUAAUAAGCAAUCGGCAGAGAACAGUGGGUCAUCAACUAGCAGUAGUGGCAGCAACUAUGGCACGCUUGGCCGUAGUCAGACAGGCAUGGCCAGCAUGAUGGACGAGAUGGCUAAGACCCUGGCCAGGCGGAGAGCUGCUGCCGAGAAGAAGGACCCCGCAGACAUUCCCCAACAGGACACAGACUGCAGUACAGGAGAGAGGAAGGGCAGUGUGUGGGGGCCAGCCAAGUUGGGUAACGGAUGUGAGUCUUCGCCCAAGCCUAGCCGCAAACAGCUGAACUCCAGCACCGAAGAGUUGCAAGCUCCACGAGUCAACGGGGACCAGAGCGGCAGUGUCACUUCAGCGGAUUUGGAGGCUCUCAAGCAGGACAUCUUGCGCGACAUGAGGAAGGAGAUAAACAAGAUGAAGCAGGACAUUAUUGAUUCAAUCAAAGUGGAAUUGAGCAGGAGGUAAUGCUUGGGCGUAGCACACAAGCCGACUGAAUCGCCAGGCAACGCUCUGCAACAGACAUUUCUAUUUUGUACAUAAAUGUUUUUAUUAACCCGUUUCAGUAUAAGUGUUAUACUGCAUAUACAUACAUGUAUGCAUUAUUUAAAUGGCAAUAAUUUCGUUUUUAGUCUUCAUUAGCAAUUCUUAUAGAAAAUGUUACUAUCGAAAGGUUUUUUUUACAACAAACAAGACAUAAUUUCAUAAAUAGCAACUAGUCAUUCCUUUGUAUUUAUGUGGAUUAUGUAAGCACACGUACUCGUAUGUAGUCACUGGGUCUUGUGGUCAGAGACAUUGCUAAAACUUGUUUAAGUCUGAUAGCCUUAGUGUUUUAGCCAAAGUACAAAUUUUUUAUAUAUCUUACUGUACAAUUUCUUAAUAUAAACACUAUUCACUUGGUUAUCACUGGUUAGAUUGAAAUCCAUGACAACAAUUAAUAGGCAAUGUGGUUUAAAUGCCAACAAUACAAAAGCUCUUAAGCGUGAUUCAUUUUGACGAAUUUUAUUCAAUUAGCACUGUUUUAUGAAUUAUUACACAAAUAAAUUAAAUGAGUAAAGUUUGUCAAUUUUUUACCCAGUUAAUCCUACCAUUUGUUUUCAACCCAUUACUAUUAUUUAACAUUCAUGAGUGUUUGUGGCACAAUUCCGCAACUUAACAAGAGUGUCUUAUUAUUAUUAUAUUGCAUUUUUCAAAAAUUAAAUUUUUCCCUAGUAGUAACUUUGUUCACGCCACUUGUGUAAUUUUAUUUUGGGCAUUUUUCUAGCAUACAUAUUUUAGUAAUGGACUUCUAAAUUCUGUGUUACUGUAUGUAGAAUAUUCUUCUAGUUUUAUUGUAUAUGUUUUAUAUAUAUAUAUAUAUAUAUAUAUAUAUAUAUAUAUAUAUAUAUAUAUAUAUAAAGAGAAGUUCAGCCCCUUAAAAUGUUAUUCUGCCCGUCUUCAUGAUCGUAUUGAACAGAAUGAGGAUAGUUGGUAGGCAGUAUACUGAUAAAAAGUGCAAUGGUCACAGGCAGGAUUUGAAAGUACGUUCCCAUCUUUAAGUCCAACGCCCUAGACCACUCGCCUACUGGCUCUCCCAAAAUGUAAGGUCAAAUUUACUUCAUACGAUUCUAGUAAUAGUAUAUCAACAUGUAAGAACUACUCUUUUACAUGUUUUUCUUUGGCUACAAAUUAAUAAACAAAUAAUAUCUUUGAUGUAUUAUUUCUUUAAAUUAGUUAAGACUGUAUUCAAUUACAGUUUUAAAUAUUUGAUUAAUGUAAUAAAUGAUUAAUUUUUCCAUUGAUAUUACAUUAUUACAUAAUAUUUAUGCCUAAUACAAAUUUUAUUUUAAAAAAGUAAUACUAUUUAAUGCUGAUAAGUGAGAUUAAUAUUGACACUCAAAAAUGACAGCUGAACUUAAAAUAAAAUUAACCUUUUAAGUGCCGCGCCAUCAGCAUGUUGGACACAUUAAAAACCUUAUAAAUUGCUGGCGUCAAUUGGCUCGAUGAUUCGUAUUUAGACGAUAUUUAAUCAAAUACACAGUUGAAAUACCAUGUAACCAUAUGGCUAAAUUCAAUAUGUUUCGUUGUAUCGAUUAAUGCCCGUUUUUAUCUUUUCUUACUUGUAAGUCUAUGUAAUGAUAAUUAACUAUGAUGUUAUUAUGGUCUGUUUGCCGAUGAAUUCAUCUUAUGCAAAUUAUGCGUUUGGUUAGUAGCACUGUUUACUUCGUUGUGUAAUUGUGUUUUUAUGUAAAAACAAAUCAUAAAGCAGUGUGCAAUUUACAUUUAUUAUUGUAGUAAUAUCAAUAUUGAUAUUUGGAUAUUUUCUAUAACAGCAAGCUCUUAUUUGUUUUCUUGUUUCCAUUAUUGCUGCCCAAAAAAUUUGACGAUCUACAUUAGUUUAUAGUGGGAAAAUUAAAUAUGGUAAAUGUAUUUUGCUUGCAAGUAUACAAAAGUCAGGGUUGCAAUUUAAAGAGUAAUGGCAAAAUAGCUACAGCACUCAAUGUGUACAAGAUUGAACCUCUAUUGCCACUAGGGAUUGUGUGACAAGUAUUUAAUUGUUCCAUUCUAACCUACCAUUAAAAACCGCAACCUGCAAUUAUUUUAUAUUCCACAUCCUUUUAUAAGUAUUGUACAUAUUUUAUGUAUUUUAUUUAAGAAAUUGAUCAAAUGCCGUAUUACUUAUAUUACAAAAUACAAUCUGACCAGUGAGCUAAAGUAUGUAUUUAUUGUUAUACCUUUGGUUGUUAGCAUUUUUUCUUAUUUUUUAAUUUCAUCUGAAUAAAAUGAAAUUACUGUCUGUUUUAUUAUAUUAAAGUAUCUUACAAUGUUUAGUUACACUACUGAUCUUGCAAAUUAAAUUUUUUCUCAUUAAUCUUAAUUUAUAAAUAUUUAUGUGUCUGCCAAUAGAUUUAGUAAUUAAUUUGUAUUUAUGAAAUGAUAACUGACAAUUAAUUAUCAUUAUGCCAUAAUAUAUUUUAGUAUUAAGCAGUUUAGAACAAAUAGUGAGCUUAAAAGCUGUCUUACUUUAGAUGUUUGUACUUAUGCUGUUUUUUUUUUUAAUAUUGUAAUUUUGUAUUUCUUGUGUUAGAAAACAUUGAAUUAACAACUGCCUUAUGUAAUAUGUAUUUUAGUAAAUCUUGUUUGUGUAGUAAAUAACUAUAUGCUACAAAAUAUUUUUAACCAAAAUUUGUUAGGCAGUAACAAAGAAAUACCUUAAUAAAAGAAUUGUUUAAAGGUA